UGACAUUACCUUUCAUGCUCUACCGUGCGGUUUCAACUGCUUUCAAAAUCAAUCGUCUCAGACCGUUCAUUUGCUCGGAAUAUUCCUUAAUCCGGCCAAAUUCACCGGAAACUCUUCCAAAUCCAACAAAUUCUUAAUUUUCCGGAGAAUGGCGUCCGGUGGUGGCCAGCAAUUCCCACCUCAGAAGCAAGAGAAGCAACCUGGCAAAGAACACGUCAUGGACCCCAUCCCUCAAGCAACCAGCCAUGAAUACAAACCAGCCAAUAAGCUCCACGGUAAGGUGGCGCUGGUGACGGGGGGAGACUCAGGGAUAGGAAGGGCAGUGUGCCACUGCUUCUCACUGGAAGGUGCCACGGUAGCCUUCACGUACGUGAAAGGAGAAGAGGAUAAGGACUCCCAGGAUACCUUACAAAUGAUCAAACAAGCCAAGACCCCAGAAGCUAAGGAUCCCAUGGCCAUCCCAACAGAUCUAGGAUUCGACGAGAAAUGCAAACGAGUGGUUGACGAAGUGGUCAAAGCUUUUGGAGGGAUCGACAUCUUGGUCAACAAUGCCGCAGAGCAGUACAAGUCAGCGUCCGUAGAGGACAUAAAUGAGGAGAGAUUGGAAAGGGUAUUUAGGACCAAUAUCUUCUCUCACUUUUUUAUUGUCAGGCAUGCUUUGAAGCACAUGGAGGAAGGUAGUUCCAUAAUCUGUACUACUUCCGUGAAUGCUUACAAGGGAAACCCUAAGCUUUUGGAUUAUACGGCGACUAAGGGUGCGAUCGUGGCGUUCGUUAGGGGUUUGGCUUUGCAUCUGGCGGGAAAGGGUAUCCGUGUGAAUGGAGUGGCACCUGGACCUAUCUGGACGCCUUUGAUUCCGGCGUCGUUUAAUGAGGAGGAGUGUUCUAAGUUUGGAUCGGAGACGCCUAUGGGGAGGGCAGGGCAGCCUCAUGAGGUGGCGCCGUGUUUUGUUUUUCUUGCUUCUCCGGCGGAUUCGUCUUACAUAACCGGUCAGGUCCUCCAUCCCAACGGUGGGAUGAUAGUCAACGCUUAACCAGGAUGAUGAUGAUGAUCAAGAUGGUCGUUGAUUUGUAAUCUUUUUUGGUGUGUGUUUGUAAUGAUCCUAUUGGGCUUUGGUUUGCCCAAGAAGAGAAUGUUAAAUUAUAUUUUAGUUUAGCUUGAGAAAUUCUGAUCCGCAUUGGCACCAUGUCGGCAUCAGGUGAGAUACCGAUAUGGCCGAUAUAGUACUGAUACCUUGAUCCAUGGGUUGAAGAUGUGGCAUGUACUGUUUAAUUUUGAUUGAUCGGAA